AUGGAAGAAAUACAAGACAAAUUAAUCGUUAUUUGGUAUUUUAAUGAAACAAAUGAAAAAUCUGAAUUUCAAGAUAUUAAUGAUGGACAAUUUGUCGAUAUGAAAUUUUUCAGUAAUGUUGAUGAAUGUAUAGACUUUGUGACGUCUCAUUCUAAUAAACAUAAAAAAUUUUUAGUUGUUAUGAGUGACUAUUCUGUAUCUGAAGUCGUUGUUACAGUUUUGAACGAAUUUCCUCAAUUAAUGAGUGUUUUCUUACUGUGGAAUGAAAGAGAAGAAGAAAACUAUAAUUCUAUGCAACAUCGUUGGAUAAAAGAAUGCACAAAAGUAAGAGGUAUUUUUCAUACUGACAAACAAGUAUACAAUGAAGUACAACGAGAAUUAAAUAUAUUCAAACAAAGAUAUUUUCGACAAAACAACAGAAUAUUUUUUAAUGUUUACAAUGAACAGAAUCAAUUAUCCAUAAAAGACCAAUCUAAUGCUACUGUUGAUGCUGCUGCGACGUCUACCUCUGUUCUUACAAUCUUUAAUCGUCAUGAACAAUCAUCUACAUCAGAUCUUCGCAGUGAAAACGGAAAUUUUCUAUGGUUUCAAUUGUUUAUUGAAAUACUCUUAAGAAUGACAUUUAACCGACAAGAAACAAAAACACAGUUAAUAGAGUAUUUUAAAAAUGCUUAUCAAACAGAUCCACCAAAAAUAUUGAAAAUAGAGAAACUAGAAAAAGAAUAUUCGUCUGAAGAUGCAAUUCGAUGGUAUACGAAAGAUAUGUGUCUUUAUCGACAAUUGAAUGAAUCAUUACGACUGAAAAAAGUAAAAUUAUUAAUUGAAUUUAGUUGGUUUAUUUCCGAUCUCUACAAACAGUUAAAUCAGGAAAGUGUUUCUCAGAAGGUGAAUGCCACUGACGAACCUAUUGCAACUGUAUAUCGUGGUCAAUUAAUUUCUAGAAAAGAAUUUGAAAGAAUACAAAAUUCAGUUGGAUCAUUUCUAUCUGCGAAUUCAUUUUUUUCAACAACAGAAGAUCGUAAUGUCGCAAGUUUUUUUGCAGGAAACGUUUAUAGUGCGGAAGGUGACCUUAUUUCUCUACUGUUUGAAAUUAAAACUGAUCGAAGAGUGAAAAAUUUAAAACCUUAUGCUAAUAUUAGUCAUUACACGUUAUUUCCAGCAGAAAAAGAAAUCCUAUUCAUGUUAGGUACUGUUUUUAGAAUUGUUAGCCUUAAAUUUAAUAAUGAACAUAAUAAUUGGGUUUUGUCAUUAGAAAUAUGCAGCGAAGAUGAUAGAGAUUAUCAACAGAUGUUUGAACAUGAAAAAAACGAAUUAGUUGGUGAAAAUCCGACUUAUUAUAAUUUAGCUGAAUUAAUGUAUCGUGUUGGUGAUUACGAUAGAAGUGAAAAAUAUUUUAAUGAAUAUUUAAAAAUGCCUAUUAAUGUAAUCGAUACUAUCCAAGGUUAUACUGGACUCAGUAAAGUAUACGGACAAAAACGCAAUGAAGAACUUCGAAAGCAAUUUAUCAACAAAUCAAAUGAAAUUAUAAAAAGUCAAUACGCAGCUAUUAAAGAUCCCAAUGAUCUUAAUGAAUUAGAUAAAUUACUCAAUAACACUUUACUAAACGAAGAGGAAAGUUCUGAUAUUCAUAUGAUGAAAUCUCUGGUAAAUGUUCAAAAUAAACGUGAUGAUUUAGCUAUUUUAAAUUAUCAAAAGGUAUUAUCUAUUCAAAAGAGACAAUUACCAGAAGAUCAUCCAGAUAUUGCUCGCACACUCUUCGUCUUAAGUCACUCUUAUGUGUCAUUGAAACAAUUCGAACAAGCAGAGAAAUUCAUGCAAGAAGCAUUACAAAUACGUCGCAAAUCAUUAUCUGGUAAUCAUCGUGAUCUUGCAAUGACAUAUAGUAGUUUAGGUUCUCUUUAUAAGAUAAUCAUGAAAAAUGAGUUAGCGUUGGAAUAUUUUCUAAAAGCACGUGAAAUACAUCUUGCAUCU